UCUCUUCCUCUCUUUCUUCCUUUCUCUCCCGUCUUUCUCCCCAUCCAAACAACCAGCCAUGGCCUCCCAGCAGCCACAAUACCCCCAUGUCCUCCAAACCAACCCUGAAGCCCUCUCCCCCUUCCUCUCCAACCCUAAUCCCACCCCCUCCGCUCCCCCCGAACCCUCAUCCUCUCUCUACCCCACUGUCGAUAUGGCCGACAUCGUCGGCGACCUCUUCCCCGACCCCGACGGCGACCCCAAGAACCCCGAACACCCCGUCAACCUCUCACCCCCCGUCGAAGAAACCCUCCUCGAGAUCCCUGGCGCCCUCCUCCACCUCAUCGACAAGCACCACAGCAUCGAGCUCGCCUCCGGCGACCUCGCCAUCCUCCGAGUCCGCCAGGGCGACAGCAUCGUCGCCGUUCUCGCCCGCGUCGGUGCCGGUGACGACGCCGUCCAAUGGCCCCUCACCCGCGACGAGGCCGCCGUGAAGCUCGAUGAUUCGCACUACUUCUUCUCCCUCCACGUUCCCGAGGGGACCGCUGAUGACGGUGAGGACGGAUCGGCCGACCUCCUCAAUUACGGCCUCACAUUCGCUUCCAAGGGGCAGGAAAGCUUAUUGAAGGAAUUAGAUGGGAUGUUGGAGAGUUGCAGCGGGUUCUCAGUUCAGAAUGUGAGAGGAAAGGAGGCGUCGACGGUGCUGGACGGGUCGGUGGCGAUGGAGAUCACGCCGGCGGAGAUCAUGGAAGCCGGGCCGAAGAAGGAGAUGAUGGAGGAGCGUUCGGAGGCGUACUGGACGACAUUGGCGCCCAAUGUGGAGGAUUACAGUGGCUGCGUGGCCAAGGCCAUCGCAGCAGGGUCGGGGAAGCUGGUGAAGGGGAUUCUGUGGUGUGGAGAUGUGACUACCGAUCGGAUCAAGUGGGGGAAUGAGUUCUUGAAGAAGAGGAUGGAGAACACCGAGAGAAAGGAGGUCAGCCCGGAGACCUUGAGGAGGAUUAGACGGGUCAAACGAGUUACCAAAAUGUCUGAGAAAGUGGCAACUGGAAUCCUAUCUGGGGUCGUGAAGGUAUCUGGAUACUUCACAAGUUCAGUUGCAAAUUCCAAAGUAGGCAAGAAAUUCUUUGGACUCUUGCCAGGAGAAAUCGUCCUUGCUUCUCUCGAUGGAUUUGGCAAGAUUUGUGAUGCUGUUGAAGUGGCCGGGAAGAAUGUCUUGUCAACAUCAUCAGUUGCAACAACUGGACUUGUAUCUCACAGGUAUGGUGAACAAGCAGCUGAGCUCACAACUGAAAGCCUUGAUGCUGCUGGGCAUGCUAUCGGAACUGCAUGGGCUGUCUUCAAGAUCCGGAAAGCUCUUGACCCUAAGAGCUCCAUUAAACCCACAUACUUAGCAAAAUCAGCUGUAAAAGCAGCAGCUGCUGAACUGAAGCCUAAGCGAAAAUAGUGUAAAAAGAAAUUAGCAUCUGCGAAAUGCUGCCAUUUUUGUUUCUUCUCUUUUGCUUGAAGCUUUGAGCUUCGCAAUCUGCAGCCAAGUGUUGGUCGAGGAUUUUUUUUUCUUUAAUAAAUAAAUUAAAUAAAUAUUC